UAGGCAUCUCUAUCUCUCUGAUGUCUCUAUUUACGUCUCAGGUCACUCUGCUGAUCGCCUUCAUCUGCGUGAGGAGCUCGCCGUGGACCAGCUACAGUGCCUACAGCUACUUCGAAGUGGUCACCAUUUGCAACUUGAUAAUGAUCCUCGCUUUUUACCUGGUCCACCUCUUCCGCCUCUACCGUGCACUCACCUGUAUCAGCUGGCCCCUGUCGGAACUUCUGCACUAUUUAAUCGGUACCCUGCUCCUCCUCAUCGCCUCCAUCGUGGCAGCCUCCAAGAGUUACAGCCAGAGUGGACUGGUAGCCGGAGCGAUCUUCGGUUUCAUAGCCAGCUUCCUCUGCUUGGCGAGCAUAUGGCUGUCCUACAAGAUCUCGUGUGUGACCCAGUCAACAGAGGUAACCGCCUGACGACACCGCAGCCCCUGGGCCCCGUGGGAGGCUCUGCAGAGCGCGUGGCCCAACAGAAGGAGGAUCAGGGGGCCAGUGACCCCAGGAAAGACCUCUGAACCUGUGUUCCUGUGCCAAAGUCCUGCUCAGGUUGUGGGCCUUCACCUUCCUCCUGAGCUCCGGACCUGGUCCGAGCCUCUGUCUCCAGUCUUCCUUGGAGAACAUUCCUCCCCAUCUGGGAAAGAAAAGCAGCCUCCAGGGAAAUCUGGUCUCUCCCUCCUGCUUUUAGAACCACCUCAGGGACUGAUGACCCCACUUAACAACAAGGGAGCGGUUUCUGAGUACUCCUGCAUAAAACUGCUUCUACUUCACAUUCCUCAGGGGAGCGAAGCUGUCUGAAGUCCUCUUAUAAAAACAAAGCCGCCACCUAAUUUAUCUAGCCUGGAAUUCUGGUCUUGAAGAUGCCCUCUUCCUUAAAGUGAGGCAUGCCUGUAGAAGCGCUAUGUGGUCAGCCUGUCCCCAAAAGGGAAACCUCAUGUCUCCUUUGCCUGUGUCUGCCUCCGUUACCAUUGUGUAUGUGUUUAUGUGUUUUUAAAUAAAAUAUUGACUUGGCC